UCUUGUCUCAGUGUCUGGUUUGGCGGCGGAAGCAGUGGCUGGCUGUUUGAGUCUGUCAGUGGAAGGCGCGUCGGCUCUUUUGUCUGAGUGUGAUCCGGUGGCUUGGUUCCAGGCAUUCCGGUGAUUUCUCCGGAGCAGUCUACAGGAGCCGCAGCGGCCGCCCGCGCUCUCUGUUCAGUCCCCACACCCGAAAAAGACCGAGCCCGCGUCACGCCCCUCAGCCCCCAUCGAGUCCCUUCUCUGUCGUCGCGCCUGAAUCGAGUUCCCGGAAUCAGACGGUGCCCCAUAGAUGGCCAGCUUUCCCCCGAGGGUCAACGAGAAAGAGAUCGUGAGGUCGCGCACUAUAGGAGAACUGUUAGCCCCAGCAGCUCCUUUCGACAAGAAAUGUGGUGGUGAAAACUGGACUGUUGCUUUUGCUCCAGAUGGUUCAUACUUUGCAUGGUCACAAGGAUAUCGCAUAGUGAAGCUUGUCCCGUGGUCCCAGUGCCUUAAGAACUUUCUUUUGCAUGGUUCCAAGAAUGUUACCAAUUCAAGCUGUCUAAAAUUGGCAAGACAAAAUAGUAAUGGUGGUCAAAAAAAUAAGCCCCGUGAACACAUUAUAGACUGUGGAGACAUAGUCUGGAGUCUUGCUUUUGGGUCUUCAGUUCCAGAAAAACAGAGUCGUUGUGUUAAUAUAGAAUGGCAUCGGUUCAGAUUUGGACAGGAUCAGCUGCUCCUUGCCACAGGAUUAAACAAUGGUCGCAUCAAGAUCUGGGAUGUGUACACAGGAAAACUCCUCCUUAAUUUGGUAGACCACAUCGAAGUGGUUAGAGACUUAACUUUUGCUCCAGAUGGGAGCUUACUCCUUGUAUCAGCUUCAAGAGACAAAACUCUUAGAGUGUGGGACCUGAAAGAUGAUGGAAAUAUGGUGAAAGUGUUGCGGGGCCAUCAGAAUUGGGUGUACAGUUGUGCGUUUUCUCCAGACUGUUCUAUGCUGUGUUCAGUUGGAGCCAGUAAAGCAGUUUUCCUUUGGAAUAUGGAUAAAUACACCAUGAUAAGGAGACUGGAAGGGCAUCACCAUGAUGUCGUAGCUUGUGACUUUUCUCCUGAUGGAGCAUUACUAGCUACUGCAUCUUACGAUACGCGUGUGUAUGUCUGGGACCCACACAUUGGAGACAUUCUGAUGGAGUUUGGGCACCUGUUUCCCCCGCCUACUCCAAUAUUUGCUGGAGGAGCAAAUGACCGAUGGGUAAGAGCUGUGUCUUUCAGUCAUGAUGGACUGCAUGUUGCCAGCCUUGCUGAUGAUAAAAUGGUGAGGUUCUGGAGCAUUGGUGACGAUUGUCCAGUACAAGUUGCACCUUUGAGCAAUGGUCUCUGCUGUGCCUUUUCUACUGAUGGCAGUGUUUUAGCUGCUGGGACACAUGAUGGAAGUGUGUAUUUUUGGGCCACUCCAAGGCAAGUCUCUAGUCUUCAACAUUUAUGUCGCAUGUCAAUCCGAAGAGUGAUGCCCACCCAAGAAAUCCAGAAACUGCCCGUUCCUUCCAAAAUGUUGGAGUUUCUCUCCUACCGGGUUUAGGAUGAGGACUGCUUUCCUGGUGGGACAGACAGAGCACCCUUUACAACACACCUCAAGCUUUACCAGCUCGAGCACCUGUUCUUGAAGGCUCGGAAGAUUUAUUUAAUUUGAUCCACUCUUAUAUUUCAUUUCAUUAGUUGGACUUUAAAAGCAUUAUUUAUACACCAUUGGAGAAAUAUUUCUGAACAUAUCAUGUAAUUUUUAAGAUUAACUGUGAAAACAUUACAUACAUGUAUAUAUUUAGACAUAAGCUGCUAUGUAUUGAAUGGGCCCUUUAGUUUUCUCUUAGUUCUGACUUGUAUAUAUUGCUUUAGUAGAGCCAGGAUGUGCGUAUGUGCUGUUUGUUGGAGCAAAUUCAGUGGAAUUUUUGUUUUUUUAUUUGGGGCACUGAGUUUGCAUGACGUUGAAUAAAACAGAAUUGCCUCAUAGGAAAUGGGUUGGUCAGGAUGAAUGGUGUGAAGCUGACUGGUGAGAGAGGUUUAGCAUGUGAAAUUUUCCAAAAGAAUGGUUUGUGGGAGUUUGAAUGUGACGUUUAAAAACGAGCCAAGGAAAAAGAUAGCUAGAAAAAGGUUGGCUCUUGUAGGCCUUAAUUUUGGAAAGCAGCUACUUACCUACCCCUCAGAGAAUAAAAAAGUAUUAUGCAUUCUUGUCAAUUUGAAAACUACAUCUACUGUAUUAUUGCUGAAUAUUUUGUCAAUACUAAGGGACAAUUAUUUUAAGACCAUGGGUUUUAUUUUUAACGUUUUGUUUCUACAAGGAUGAUAUUGGUGACUUACCAAAGAGAAGCAAUACACAAUAUGUCUGCUUUAGCCUUUUAUUUAUCUUAUCUGCAGAUGUUGAAAAUGUAUGCAUUAUGUAAAAUGCUUGUUUUGUAUCUUUGUUGAGUUUUUUAAUUAAACAACAUAAAA